AUGACCUCACAGAGUCGCGGAGGUCUUGAAAUCAAGCUGCAGGCCACACCAGAAGAUCCUAUCAACUCCAAUAAGGCAAAGCUCGGUGUCCGUGUGGAAGCGUCGCAAUUUCGCGUCGAGUGUUGCAAACUCCGCCUUGAAUCGUGCAAGCUCAACCUCGAAGCAGAUAUACUGAAAUAUCAAAAUGCGGUCGCGGGAUUCGAAAAAGAGCAUUCUAUCACAAAAGGAUUCGAAGAUUCGACUUUACCUGAUUUUCUUCCGCUGGUCAGAGAGAGAAGCCGAUUUUAUUCCAGCAGAUGUGAGCUUAGUAGCAGAAUUCGGGCUGGAGAAAAAGACUGCCGAAAGCUUCAAGAUGCCCUUGACAAUGCUAUUGAGGAACUCCGGUUGGAGACUGAAAGUGAGCAAGCUGCAAGUACAGCCGGCAGAAUAUCCCAGCUAGGAGAAAUCAAUCGCCUACUAUCAAAAAGCGCGUCCAUAGAGCAGCUGACACGAGCAAAUCAAAUACUGGAGGAGCAACUUGGAGAGCGGGAUGGAGUAAUCGCGACACAAGAGGAGAUUAUCAAGGUCGACGCGGAAUUGUUUUUCCAAAGAAGCUGCAUUGUUCAAGAACAGAACACGAGGCUCAGAGACUUGGAAUGUCUGUCAAAAUAUCACCCACAUUCGGAAGCCAAUCUCAUCGCCGAGAAAAACAACAAAAUCGUUCAGCUAGAGAGAGAAUUGGCGAAUCUGCAUUUUGAAAAUGGAACUCUCAGGGGCGGUAUCAAGGAACUGGAGACCCAGGUGAAGGAGCUUAGUAAGAAAUGCAAGAUUUACAAAGAACGGGUUAGAUUGGCCAAUAAUUCUCGGGACAAUGCACGGGUAAGUCACUUUCCUUAGGCGCGGAUGGUAAUUUGUUGAAAACACCAGUCUUUCCACUAACCUGUGAUUAGGAUCGUCUCAUUACAGUCAAGGCGGAGCGUGAUACGGCAGAAGCCAAUGUCAGCAGGAUAAUCGAUUUGGGUCAGCUAGUUGCAUCGUGCAAGGCACAGAGCCAACAGCUUACCGAAUUAGCUUCAAUCUUCAGUAAAGAAAAUACAGCAGAAGACGAAAUCUCUCGAAAGGCUUCCACCGAUGACGAUUUGCCCAUACAACAUGAAAAUCCGAUACAACCAUCUUCUGCAAGUCCCUCGAAACACGAAAGCCUCAGUACCAACGUUCCACAAGAGAGCCUCGUAAUGCCAACAUCUGAGCCUUUCGGCAUGAGCACGAAAGCCUCCAGACUCAGCGACCUUUCUCGAAAGUUUGGGCGGGUCAUUAUCGCACUCCUUUCACAUAAUAACAACACCAUGCGGUCGCCAAUCCGAGAGGAAAAUAACAUCAACGGUUUUCUCAUCCUUGAUUAUAUGCACGCUGCAGUUGAAGGCGUCUUUGUCUGGGCCGCUCUACUAUCGUCAGGUGCUGUUGUAUUAUGGCCAAUUCUCCUAGUGGCACAUCACAUAGUAUAUGGCCUCGCAUAA